AUGACUUCUUUUGAGCAAGAAUUGCUAGGUCGCCGUGGCUUUUCCCUUAUUCCACCCGAUGGACUCGCCUAUGCCAGGAAGCAAGGUCGGUCCGCCAUCCUUGAGUGGGAUGAGGAGGGUGGAGGGUGGUAUUGGCAUGCUAGUGAUUACCCUCCAAGUUGGGAGAAAAAGGUAAAGAUUACAAACCUUUCUACACCGGGUAAGAAGGGUCUUGCCAAACCCAAAUCCUCCACAAAGGGUGGUGAGGUGGUGCCUCUUAAGAGUGACCUUCCUCCCAUAAGCCGUAUAGCUUUAAAGGGUUCUCCUCCUUCUUCAGCCCGCACCCGUUCUAGUGCACGCCCUACUGCCAGCAAGCCUAAGUCUACUGCUCCACGGCCAUCCAUAGGUGCUCCUCCUUCCAGCAGGACACGGUGCAGCAAGAGAAAGACAUCCCCUCAUCCUACGCCCACCACUGAGCGGAGAGGAGUUUCUGUCGAGGCUCCCAUCCCCUCCCUUAAGCCAGUACCCAUGAAGGGUACUCAUACCGAGGGGGUUAGUGAGGACACUCCUAUUUCUGCUGAGACACCUAUUCCCCAAAAGGGGGCCAUUCCUCCUGCUACCCAGACUGAAGUUGCUUCACCUUCCACACCUCUUGUCAUCUCCACCAGCAACCCCUUCGCAACUCUAUCUCAGGCUGUGAAAGAUGGUUCUUCUUUGGUGGUUACCCCUUCUUCCAUCCUUAGUUCCGCCAAUCGUGGGCUUGAUGCGGACUUGUCCUCCGAGGGAUCUGAGGACGUUUUUGAGGAUCCUGACGAUGAGCCCAUCAUAAAAAAGAGGAUUUUUGAGUCUGAUGAGGGGGAGAGUGCUGAUUCUAAGACUGAAUUCAUGGAGACCUUUAAAGAGCCAAAAGUUGCAGCAGAUACAUGGAUGCCUAUAGCUACUUCUCUUGCCACAUCUACGACACCUGUUUCUGCCAUUCUCGCAGCGCUAGCAUCUGCCAUUCUAGUUUCUACCACUACUACUACGCCCAUUUCUGCUACUCUCAUAGUGCCAGCAUCCGCCAUUCCAGUUUCUGCCACUGUUAUAGCACCAGUUUUUGCCAUUCUUACAGCCCCCAUUCUCAUGAGUCCUGGUCCAUUGCCUACUGUCUCUUCUCAGUUUGAGGUGGGCAGCAGUUCUGCCACGAUUUCUAACCCUGUGAGUGAGGCAGCAGCCUUCUUUGCACAGUUUGAUCAACCUGAGGUUAAUGACCUCGAUCCUGCAGACUUCUAG